UUCGAACGUUGUGACGCAGGAGAUUCAAAGUUGGCAGCAACGUCUCUGCACGGGCGCUCGCGUGAAACUCACCGUUUUCAUCCGCAGCUGAAGCUUUCCAAGAAAAGCUUUAGGAACAAUUAUAAAUGUCCAUGUUUUCACUCAAGUAAAGGGUGUUUUCAGUACGGAUAUGGAGGGUAAAGUCAUCGGACCGGGUCCGUACAGGGCGACCAAGCUGUGGAAUGAAACUAUUAAACUCUUCCGUGGAGGCAUGCCGCUGAGAAGGCACUGGGCAAACUUUCGCUGCUAUGACAACAGUUUCACAGGAUCAGAGGCCGUGGAUUAUCUACAUGAGCUGCUGAGGCACAACUACAACUUUGGGCCUGAGGUGACUCGCUACCAAACGUUGCAGCUUCUGAGGAAGUUCCUCAAGGCCCAUGUGAUUGAAGACUUCAAAGGACGCCAUGGGACAGAAGACUUUGAAGACAAUGGCCAUCUGUACAGGUUCCCCACGCUGUCUCCCCUGAAGUCUUUUCCAACAAGGCCCUUGUUAAGAGACUGCAGUGACCUGCCCAGGCUCAUUCGCUGGGAUGACUACGAAGAAUUGCCUCAGCGAGAAAACAUUGCACCUCAGAAGUCUGCUGUCCUGACCUCAGACCUGUGGAAUAAAAGGCACAGUGUAGCUAUUGGGGAUGUGCACGAAUGCAAGCUCAUACGAAGGAAGGAGAUAACUGCAAAACAAAUGGACCACAUCUGGAAAUCAAUGACAGUUGCGCAUUUGCAGAGAGUGCUGGGCCUGAAGUCACUGGAUGGCGUUUUAAACCCAACGCAUGUGAACGGCAAGCACAUUGUUCACAAUGUGUUCAGCGUUAAUAAGACGGGCAUAGUCGUAUUGGAGAAUAAAGCUGAGGACAUGCCAUAUUGGGUGAUAUCAGCAAUGAAAUGCCUCGCCAAUUGGCCCAAUGGCAAUGAAAGCAAACAGCCAAUAUACCCAGGUUUCGAGAGAGAUGUUCUAAGAACAGUAGGAGAUUACUUUCAAAGACUCAAAGAACCUCUGCUGACUUUCCAUCUAUAUGAAGUCUUUGUCAACAUUCUCAGUCUGCUGCACAAGCAGGAGGUAGCAACCGAGGCUCUUCAAGUCAGCUGUCUUUUACUGCCGCCUCCCAACCGAAGACGCCUCCAGCUUUUACUGCGUCUCAUGGCCCGGGUCUGCCAGAAUCCCAACCUGCCUCCACUUAAUGACACCAUUGCUACCCGUACACUGAUGGUGCAGAUGUUCUCACACUGCGUCCUGGGCUCGGUAGAUGACAUGGACUUGGACGAGCUGCUUGCCACCAAAUUGGUGACCUUCAUGAUGGAGCACCACAGCACCAUCUUCCAAGCUCCGUCCAAGCUGCAUCGCCAGGUUGAAGAGCACCUGUCCCACCUUAAAAGAGUUCAGCAGAUGAGUCGGUUGUUUCAGAUCAAAUACGCAGGAUCAGAUACAGACUUCAGCACGUCUCCAGCUUUUUGUAAACAGAUCAGCAGAGUGGAGUCUGAGGAGCCGAAGGUAAUAGGAACCCAGACACCCCUGCAGGAGCUGCUGGAAGGCCUGAUUGCAGACAAAGAACUUCCUGCCAAGGACAAGAGGAAAAGACUUAAACAGUUCCAGAGGUCGUACCCAGAAGUCUACCACAGCCGAUUUCCCACUGAGGAAAGCAAAGCUGCUGUCAUACCUGAGAAAGCCCCACGACUCAAACCUCCACUCAUGUUCUUCAACCUCAAGAAACCCUUCCAGCCAUUUCAGAGGAGCUGGAGUUUCAGGGCAUGAUCUGCCACCUCUGACACAUCUGCACUUCACGCUGUGUACACAGCUCAACCUCAGUGUCAUGACAUGAGGAACAAUGACGCUGUGAUGGUGCUCUGGCCACGCAUGAUCAACCACUGCAACUAAUGUUUAAAAAAAAAAAAAAAAAAAAAAAGAACUUUGUAGCACUGUUAAACUAAUAUUAUUAAAAGGGUCAGUUCACACAAAUAAUAUUAAUAACAAUAAUAAGAAUAGAACAUUCCCACUGACUCCUGGUGGUUUUUAGCCAGAUUGUUUGGUUUAUAUACAAAACAUUGGAAAUUGUGUUGUUCAAAAACUUGAACAAUGUAUAGGAAACAAUCCACUGAGAGAACCACUCAUGUUUCUUAAAAUGAGCUCUGAUAAUUCUAAAAUAAUUAUUGGUAAGUAUUAAUAAGUAUUGGUACGUUUUCUACUAAAAUAUUGUAUAUUAGAAAUGUUGAAUAAGCAGGGAUGGUAGUUGACUAAAAUUGCCAUCCUUGUACUUAAAUUGAACAAAAUGCAUUUCAAAAGUAGUUUUUAGGUGUUACCAUUAUAAGUUGUAAAAGGUACUGAUCAAAGCACAUCAUAGUCUAUGAUUGCCAUUAAUAUUGAUAUAUAUUUUUGUUCAGAUACAUUUCUUCAGAUAUCAUCAUUUUCAUGAGCUUGACUCUUAUAAUGCAAAUAUGCAUUUCAUUUUCAUGAUCACAUUUUGAUGUAUAAUGGUCAUUACGAUUUUGAACCUAGGCAAAUCAGCCUAAUAUGUCAAUGAACAUAUCAAGAAAGGGGGCGUAUGUGACGUGUCUCUAGACGAGCUUUAUCACAUCUUUGCACUACAAGCCAGUUAUAGAUAAGGGAACAUCUACAAAGCCUGGAUGAAAACUAGACUAAGUUUGCUGCAAAAUAAGUGUACAACUGCUUUUUUUCCAAUAUUGAUAUCCUAAUCUUAAAAAGGGGAAAUAGAAAGCAAAAGCAAACAUUUCACACGCUAUAAUCUAUCACACCCUUUCUCUCUAAGCCCUACUUCCACCUUACUUGACGGGUCUGACGUGUGCACUCUUGAAGCUCAUUUCAUGUUCCUACUUGUUGGUUUUAUUCUGUAUAUAAGAACUGUUCUCUGGAUUGGUAAAUAUUUCAAUGUCUCAAAUACUCUUCUUUGGCUGUUUUCAAUGUAUUUUGUCAUUUUCUAUUACCUGCUGCUCUGUCAUGUCAAUCAGGUUGUUUUUCACUUAAUUUGAGACUUAAAACGUUUUUUUUUUUAAUAUUUGUAAUGAUUCAGUGCUGAUAUGUCUUGACUUUCCUCAAUGCUCUUGAACAAAUGUAAUGCUGGAAUAACUGUUACUGUACUUGAAUUGCUGCUCUGUGCUGGAAAAAUUUCAACUGGAUAAAAGUGAAUUCAUGUUGAUGCUGAUUUCCCUAUAAAAGCUCUAAUUGA